AUGGGUGGCAGCCUGUCCAGCAAGACGUCCACUUGCCGGGUACGAAAUCGCCUUGGGUGUCCUGUCCAGCUGGUGGCGCCAACCAGCGGCGGGAGCGGCGGGGCCUUUUGUCCUUUGAUUGUUGCACAUGGUGCUGAGCAUCUGAUUGAAAGCGCUGACCCUGAGGGCCAAAUUGUUGCCAUCAGAUUCCAACUCGGCGGGCGGGAGUAUGACAAGGCCUUCAAGGUGCCAAAUGAUGCAGUUCUCCUACUGCGUGUGUUCGAGAAGGAAGAGAUUGCCUUUCGGGUUCAGACUGCCGCUGGUUCGCUGCCAGCAGAAGAAGUCGAUGUUGCCGAUCUUUGGCAGGCUGUCAGCCAGGAGGAAGGCCUGGAGCAGAAGGGAGCGAGCUCCCCGCUGCGGGCAGAAGCUGAUGAGGCAGAAAAGGAGAAGGCUAGCACAGCAGCGGUGUCCGACGGUCCGCUGUGCUAUGCGACUGGAUCUGGCACUUGGGUGGAUGCAGAUCCUGCGUGUGACAAAGAGGAGCUGGACACGUUCGAAGUCCAACCGGACACAGAACAGAAUUGCGCCUAUCUAGAAUCGGACCCAGCGUGGACACCAGCGCAGCACAAUCUACUUGCGGAGCUUUUGGACUUGCAGUUUUCCGCUGUGCGAUCCCGAAAAGCUUUGGACGCGGGCUGCGCUGACCUGGAGGAUGCAGUAGAGUGGCUGGAAAAGCAUCAGCAUGACCACGAUAUAGACAUCUCCCCAGCUACGCUACGAGCUCGGGAGGAUGAAGAGGUGGCUCUGGCUGUGCUGAGGGUGCUCACAGUUCCGCCUCUGCAUCGUCUGUCUUGCCUUCAAGCAGUGCACCGAGUCCUCAAGAACAUUCUUGCAGACCCCGAGUCAAGCCGAGUUAGGCAGAUACGCAUCCAGAAUCAACGCUUCAAGGAAAGGAUUGGACGUUUCCCACAAGCUGUCUCACUUCUGCGGAAGAUCGGUUUCCAGCAGGGUGACUUUUGGACAAGCGCUUUCGACCGCGAAUCAUGCCUGGAAUGGCGUCUCCCGGUGGGGUCUGCAAACCCAAUGUCUCAACGCAUGGAGCGUGCCUUCUCAUUGAUCGACGAGGUCCUUCGAGCACCGGAAUCCUGGAUCCCCAGCGUGUGUUCAGCGAUGCCGGAGGUGAAGAGCAGCCUGGGUGAAGUGGUAGGCGAAGUGAGCGAGUGGCAGCCAUCCGAAAUGGCCGCAUCCACUGCUCGCGAGCUGCUCGCGGAAGUGCAUGCGCGUCGAGCUCGCGACCCGCGUGGAUUCCAGGAAGCCAUGCGUAAUGCAGGACGGCAGGCAAAUCCAUCUGUCUACAGUCUGCAAAUGCCUGCAAGUGACGCCAACUGGCGGCCGUUGUCGGAGCGCUUUCCUGGCAAGCGAGAGUUUAAUCUGCAGGAUCUGGAGAACAUGCGCGUUGAAGAAGCCAUUGGCAACAUGCCGCUGUAUGCACGGGAAUACGAAGCCAGCCUCGAGCAGGCAACAACUUACGGACAGCUGGUCUCACGAAGCUACGAUCCAAACUACUUGGGACGAAGAGCCCUUGAUGAGACCAACAUCUUCAGAGGAUCUCAGCGGAUGCCGCCACUGAAGUGGUGCCAAGGGAUCGCAGAUAUCGCAGCAGAACAUGCUCGUCAGAUGGCACGAGGUGAGAUGCCCUUUAGCCAUGAUGGUUUCUCGGAUCGGGUGCGGCGGUAUCCGAUCCCACACCUGAGUGCGGCAGAGAACCUGGCAUACAACAGUGGUAUGGCAGAUGCUGCUGGUGCCGCUGUCCAGGGGUGGAUCAAGUCGCCGGGCCACCGGAAAAAUUUGUUGGGCGCCUUCGAUCUUUGUGGGAUUGGAGUUGCACAGUCCAUCUCGGGACAGUUCUUCUUCACACAGCUCUUUGCUCGAAGUGCUGGCGGGCCGCUAUGUUGA